CAAAAUGGCAGCGCACACAUGAUAACAACCCAAACAGAAAUGUUUUAUUUUGAAAUUUACAAGAAAAUCUGUAACCGUCUACUGUAGUAGACAUGUGCGAUCGAGUGCCAUUCAUUAGGAACUAUGGCCUCCAUAUCACAAUCCAGUCGAUCACACCGUUCCUCCAUAACCAGAGAGGGGGAGGAAACUAUUGCUCUGAUGUACAAGAGUUUCAGCAACAAUUUACUUCUCGGACAGUGGGAGUUGGCAAGAGCAUGUCUUUCACAACUUCGCAACGACUGUCAUGAAAUUGGCGUUGACAUCAAGGAUGUGUUACGCAAAGUAGCAGCAUAUCCAUUUAAUUCAAGUUAUGGCUCAGCAUCCCUCAGCAGUCCUCAUGAAUUAUCAUGGCUGUGUCUUCUUGAAUGCAGACAACUGGAAGACUGGAGCGAAAAUAAGAAUGAAUCCUCCAGUUACUUGACCAAAGAGAUAGAAUUCAGAUUGUUACUGACACAAACAUGUCAAGAUGUAGAUUCAGAAGUCAUUAAAGACUUGUAUCUGUGGUUCAGGCACAUCCACUCAACUCCACCCACCUCGUCACAGAGAGCAUCUCCUCUGUCCAAGGUCACCCUGACCCACAUUCAACAUGUUCUCCUGACCUCACCAUCACAGGGGUUUGCCCUCAUCUCCUCCCUCACAUGUCCACAAACCCAUGAGAGGUCAGAACAAAAACGCCAAAAACAACGGAGUAAUGAAGAGCGCAACAGCGAAAACCUCCAAGGUGUUUACAUCACCUGUAUCAACAAACUGCUUGACGACCUGUCUAAGUGUCCUAGCAAAGAAAGAACAAAAUGUGAACAGAUUUGUGACCAGGUGUAUAUACUGUUGUCAUUUUACGACCCGGUACCAUUUUGGAACUACUCUCAGCUGCAGCAGUUGUUCACACGGUUGCUGCAGCUGUGUCAACAGCAUGACCGCAGCAUCAAGAAGGACAAGAUACUCUCUGUGUUGCUGGGCAGGGACUGUCCAUAUCUGGUGGAGACAUUUUGCAAGUUGGACCAUGAGCUGAGUUUAGCAUCAAAACUAAAGCACAGUGGAACUGACCUGACAGAAAGUGAAAGGGAUGUGAUUCACUUGUUUCGAGGUCUUGAUAGUGAAGAUUGUUGGAGGAACCUCUUUUUGCUCUCCACUCAGAGACAGAGGCAUUUCCUGCAGAUGGUGUUGGAAACUUCACUCAGUUUGAUACGAUGUGAACAAUUUGAAGAACUGAAGGACUUACUGAGACCGACAGAGUUGCAGCCCCUUAAACCAGUAGUCUUGUUGCUUGGUUGGUCCCUGUGUACUACUUCAACUGUUGCCAGGAAGCUGUUGGAUGUUCUUUGGGAUGAAAAGACGCCAUGUCGGCAUCCUGCUCUGGCUGCUGGUUGCCGCAAGUUGGCAUAUCAGAUUGACCUUAUUCAGUGGUGCCUUGAUAGAACCAAACCUCUUCUGGAGUCAAGUGGCGUCGGUGUGACUAACCAAGAGCGAGCGACCCAUCUUCUACAGGGCCUGGAGGCUCACUCAGUGUUGUUUGUCCUGCACCAGUCCACAACGCUUGCCUCCCUUGACCAGCAGGAGGUGCUCCAGCUAUUGCAGAACACAGCAAAAAGGCAGGACCCAGAGUCCAGUAAGAAGCAGAAAAGUGUACGUUUCAACAUUGCUGGACAUGACCAGAGUGGAGAGAGUGAAGCAGACGAUGGAGCAGACAUCAGUAUUGAGCAGCAGCAAGAUCUCUCUAUUUAUCGCAGUUUUUGUGCUAUCAGAAACAUAAUGGAUGCCAUUGCCUUCUGUUCUGAAAAUGCAGAUCUUGAAUUAAUGAAUCCUAUCUGUGUGAGGAAAGCUCCUCGACCCCGGAGUCUGUCGAAAUCCUUCACAUGUGAAGUAAGUGUCAGCAGCAGUGAGGGCGAAGACAGCAGCAGCCAGUACACCCAAAACAUCAGCCGAUCUGUCUCGGGAAACUUCAUCAGGUGUACAUCUGGGAAUUACAGCCAAUCCACAGUAGGGAACAGCGGUCAGGUUAUUGACAAGGACAGCUUUCAGGAUCUGUAUGAUCAGUCAGUGACUCAGAAACUGAUGGACACGCAGAACCAUCUAAAGAAGCUACAUCCACUAACAUACAGGGUUGAAGUGCUGGAGGAUAUAUUUUCUUUACUGUUUGCCACACAUCGGGAUGUCCAAGAAUCUUCCAACACAACCGACUUUGAUAGUGAUGAAGGACAUGAGGAUGGGAGCAAGAGGAACAGCCAGGAGAAUAUGUCCCUCAACACUUCACUCAUUUCAGAGGAGGAUACAUCACCUCUGGCCCAGAAGACUGAUUUCUACUCGAGCCAGCCACCUUCACUCAGUAGUCAAAGUGUCCCUGCGAGGGGAUCAGGUUAUGAUGAACCAUUCCGGGAAGAUCCCCCUGCACAGGUAUCUCAAUCUGUCCACAAGAAAGUACGAGUUCCUCAGGAUCAGUUGGCUGAGGAGGUCAGGAAGUCGGCGUCUGCUCUACUGAACUCAGACAACACCAAGAAGAUGAAUAACUCGGCUGGAAAUAGAGCUCAUGUGGCUGGACAGGGAAUAGAUAAAUGUGCUGUGUUUAAGCUGGGAUUUCUAGCAAAUGAGUACCUUGUACGCGAUCUUCUUGCAAUGCUGAAGGAGUCCCUUCUUGAUAUCAAUGCAGUUAGGUAUAAACUGACUGGACAGAAGUCAGAUUUGGGUAAAAAGUCAGAACUGAAGGCAAGCACAGACACACUGCAUGUUACUCAUGCUAUGGAGGAGGCUCUGACACAGGUUGUCAAGUCAAGUGUUGUUCCAGAAACAUUACAGAAGAGGCUGACCAGACUCACUCAGUAUAUACAUGAGGCUCAGUGGCGCUUCCAGCUGGUGUCACAUGACCAGUUGCCAAAGCAACCAGGUCAGGUUCUUCAGAGACCAGUGUUUGUUCCUGGAGAUGAUAACUUUGAUGUAUAUAGGUCAGAUGGAUGGCUGAAGGGAAGAUCCAGAAGUCCAAACAAGGACAGGAGAUCAGCAUCCCCAUCCCCAUCGCUGAAUGGAGAGAAUGACCCAUGUGAUAUUGAAGUCCGUCGUAGGCGAACCUCCGGUGUGUCUAGGACUAGUUUUAGCACUCAGAGUGGGCUGGUGCAAGCAAGUCUGGAGAUAAUUCCACUGAUGCUGUCAACUCCAGACACCCUCCUGACGAUGAGUUUAUCAAAGGGAAACUUUGCACAGGCAGCCCAAGUCAUCAAGUUGUUCAAGCUUGAGAAGUCAGAAGCAGCAGAAGAGGUGUCAUUUUCAGAGGCAUAUCACAAAGCUGCUAACAAAGUGGCAACCCUAGAGAGUUCAACAAGGGAGAGAUCUGGUGCUUCAUCUAACCUAGGUAGACCAAGCAUGAAGGCCUUGGCUAAAGUGGCAGCUGCUGGAGUUGCAUCAGCCUCGCUUUCAAAUGUGACAGAUGAGCUGUUGUCCAGCCUAAUCAUCCCAAGUUUGCCAAAGCCAAAGGCAACCUCAAACAUGCCAAAUGACAUUAUGAGAUUAUUCACUGAACUCGAUGUCAGUACAGCAAUACUUCUAGACCUUGUGUGUACCUCAUGUAGGACAUGGGACUUGUGCAAUAAACUCUUUGAUAUUAUCAAGACUAAAGUAACCAUUGAAAAUGAGGUGAGUGAAGACAUUGGAUGGCGGAACAGUACUGGUGUAAGUACCUCCAGUAGAAAGUCAAAGAGUGAUGUAGGACUGAAAGGGGCAUUAACAUUCCUUAAACAGAUGGAGAGAUUGGUGCAUGGUUUUGCAGAUGAUGCUAGUAUUGGUAAAAUAUUCACGUCUGCUGGGCCAAUGACAUCAAAGCCAAGCAUCGAGAGGCAGAUGAGAACUGGAACAUGUCCCCUUGUGGCAGAAAAAGUGAACACUUUUGUUAGUGCAGUUGAGGAAGUUAGACGAUGGGUUGACAAAAUUAACAGGGCCUUCGAAAAUGUUGGCAGUGUGAAUAGACGUGAUAGUUUGCAGCUGCCUGAAACCUCACCCCCGGUGUCUCCAGUAGACUCAUCACCCAAAUUCAGGGACUCAUCACCAAAGGUCAAGGAUGCACCAAAGUCAUCUCCAAUCCACAGUGCCUACAAGCAUUUUUGUGGAGCACUGGAAAGAUGUGCCCCAAAAGGAGGUCUGGUGUACCUCCUCAAACGAUAUGGUGUGGAGUCGUCUCAUGACAAAAGCUACCUUCAUAGUCUGUACGAACAUGUUCGGGAACUUGCAAUACUUGUUGCAGAAUGUGACGGCAGAACCAAAGAGACUGUGAUCAUACCCCAGAACUACUUCGAGAUGUUGCAGGAAGGACCGGUCACCAUCUUGGGAAGACUUAUGUUUGCCAAACGAAUGAUUCCAUCCAGAUUGGAAAGUGUGGCACAAAAGUUGAGUCUCAACCUAACACACAUCAUAGUCCACAGCUGCUGCCCCCGAAUCCCCAGCAAACACCUGCCACCAUUGCUUGCCUUGCAACUGAAUCAAGAUUAUGAAGUAUUUGGACCAAGAAUCAUUUACAACUCUGGUCAGCCUCCACCAUCAUCUCCACCACAUCCUGAAGAGAUUGUACGCCAUCUCUUGGAUAAACUCGUGACUUUAAUGAAAGAUACUGCUGCCAAGUCGAAUGCACAGGGUAUAUUUGACACAUCAUGUGCCAAGCUUGCCAUAAAAUCAGAAGAGUACAGAGACUUGUUGACCUCUACCAGUGAGCUACAGGAGGUCGACCUCUCGCUGCUUCACACCAGACAGAUGUCAUUAUGCUUCUAUGCCAAUCUCCAGAACCUCAUGACCAUACACCUGUUCCUGCACCAGAUCUGGCAGAGGACUCUCAAUCAGUCUGCCAGUGAUGUAAGUGACGAUACCACCCCCACCAUUAAUGACUUUGUCCUGGCGUCUACCAUUGACAGCAUUGUACAUCUGGAACAGUUCACUUACAGGGUAGGACAGCUUGGAGUUGUCAGUUUGUUUGAGCUGAAGCAUGUGAUAUGCCGCAUCGGACUACCAGCCCCAGUUAACUGGAGGAAACUCAUUUCCCACAAAAGUUUGGAUGUUCAUGAUAGAUGGAUGAAGUUUGCCCCUCCUCUUGAGUCUCGCCUGCUGUAUGUGCUGAGUGAAGGCUGUCUCUCCUCCCCACCAAUACAGGUGUUGAGUCCUGAGACUAUCGACACCCAGCUGGAGUCUGCCAUGAAAGACUACUUGAAUCACACAGUGGAAGUGGAUGUCAACUCCAGAAAGGUGACAAUACCCUCCCUGUUGUCAUGGUACAAGCAGGACUUCAGCCAGGCGUCAGAUGCAGAUAGUGUUGGUAUAGAAGGCCUUAUCAACUUCAUUGUAUCAACUGUAGAGGAAACAAAGGGAGAGUACAUUCAACAGCUGUUGGAUGAUGAAAGCACAGCGAAAGGUACAGGGGUACAAUCAAUUAAUAAAUAUUGUCUUAAUUUUCAGAAGACAUGGGACCAGGGGAUCAACCAUUUAUCCUUACAGUCAGUGAUUAUGUCUUUGAGUUUUCCUUUUUAUUUGAAAUGUCCAUUAUGCCCAAGGACUCUGUGCAUUCUACGCCCCACGGUUCUCUGUCCCCCUCCACGGGGACUCGAUUCCUCUUUGGACAGCUUCCUGGAGCAGAGUGAUCGCAGCUUCGUGGUGGAGACGCCAUCAUACCAGCUGACCCCGAUUACUCUGGACUAUGUGAAGAUGGAUUCAGUGUUGGUGGCAACCAUGGUCAGUCUGGUCUGUGCUGAUGAACUUGACGACAUUGAGCAUCAGAUGCAGGAUGAUCAUUUUGAGUCCAGCAGUGUAAAGAGUCGCACGACCAGCAUGUCGGACAUUAGUCUGGUCGACAUCCGUAGUUACCGUUACCAGCGGCUGAUGGACGAUUACCCCAUCCUUCAGCGCCACCUGCUCAACUAUAUCAUUCCUCUAGCAGCGGCAGAUAACCCCGAUAUUCUGUCCAGUAGUGACCAGGUGUUGAAGUUUGUGACCAAUGAGAUUGAUGACAGUGUGAAGACGUGUAUGUUUAGCCUUCAUGACAGUAUCCAGUUCCAGCAAGUUGUUAUGGACAUCAUUAACAGGCUUCUCGUUGGACGCAAGUGGUCAGCCAUCUUGCUGAUCCUGAAAAGUAUUCCAGAGAUUACCAUGAAGCAGCGCCGUGACUGGCAGAUUCUCCAUGACUUCGUCCUAGGCUGCUGGGCAGAAGAAGAGUCAGAACACAAUUCAAACAGUCCCGAGAUCGUCAAUAGGCUGAGACGGUUCUACUGCCCGGACUCGCAUGCUCGCUCGGUGAUGUCAGUGUGCAGUCGGCUCCCGGUGGAUUAUGGUAUAGACCUAGUGGAGAGUUGCAUGGUUGAGACAGUGAGUGGAGAGCUGAAGACAGCUUUAACAAACAAACUGAAGGAACUUAAAGUCUAUCUCAGAAUGACAGACAGUGUGAAGAACCUUCAGUUCAAGCUGUCCAAAAGGUCAGCAGAGUUAAUCAGAGCAGAAGACAUUGAGUCAGCAAGGGAGUACCAUUCAGCUCUAGAGAAGUUCACUGAUUGGAGGAGAGUGGUCACAUGUUCUGGAACCUCCCCAAAAGAAGUGCUGACCAUCCUGCUACGGACUGGCGAUUUUGAAAUGAUCCGAGAUUGGAGUCAACUCCAUCCUCUUCCCCAGAGCCUUAAAUUGGAGAUAGAGGAGAAACACUUGAUGUCGCUACUCGGUACUGACAAACCAAACACAGCCAAGGCAUUCCAGAUCUUGGAGGAAAUGAGGAAAAAACAGUCAUCAAUCUGUCUGUCCAUCUGCAACAGUCUGCUGAAGAAGCUGUCCAGUCAUCUUGACAUCCAGUUCCUCACCAGCUACAUGCUGAACCAGCUGGAGACGGAGCUCACAGACAGCCAGACAGAAGACCUUAGACUCAGACAUAUAGGGGCCAAGGCAUUGUUGUGUUUACCAACUUCAAUCAGGCGUGAAUACUCCCAUCUCAUCUCAACACCGCACCUGAUCCUGGAGCAGCUACUUAUGAACAUGAAGUCUGACCUGGCUGGGAAAGUCUUCCAGAAGAUAAAACAUGAUUACUUCCUUGUGAAGACGGCCUCUCUCCGCUAUAGUGUGGACCAGUUCAACGACUUGCUGGAGACAUAUGCCACAAAGGCUGUUGAGGUCAUGGUCGUCCAGUGUGUCGAGUCUGAGAAGGAGAGAAGUCAAAGUGCAGGGUCUAGCAGUUCUGGCAGGACUGAAGACAAUGAUGUCUCCAUGACACAAGGCCAGAGAUUCCUGGGAGAGUCUAUCCGUGUCCGGAGAAGGGGUAUGGAGGGGGCAGUCUCACCAAAGCCACGAGGACCUUCCCCAGUAACAGCAAGCCCCAGCAAACAGUCGUCGUCGCCACAUCCAGCUGUGCCCAAGUUUGUGAUGCCUGCUCAUCCUCCAGCCAAAGAGGACUGGGUCCCUGACUCAGCAGCCUCUAACUGCAUGGUGUGCAACGAGAGAUUCAGUAUGUUUAACCGACGUCACCACUGUCGUCGAUGUGGCCGUGUGGUCUGCGCUACUUGCUCCACCAAGCGGACAAUCAUUGAUGGCGAAUCUUCCAGGACCUGUGAUGACUGUUACAAACAGAGAUUUGGUUACAGUGAUUCCAAGAGCCAGGGAGAGAUCUACAGUCAGCGCAGAGAGAGUGUGAUGAGUCCGGGCAGCUCUCUGUAUGGCUCGGUCAGUAGUGGAGUGACUUUCCCUGGCGGGGGGCGGCCCUCAGAGAUGGUAGUAGCUGACAGCUGGAUGCUGCGUAAUGAAGAAACAUACGACCAUGAACUCAGAGAGGAGUUCUACUAUGAACAGGAGCCUAGUGUCUCGCUCUGCAUCUCCAUCCUUGGUAACCAUAGCCACCAGAAGGAGUGUGGCCAGCAGAUGCUGAAUAUGUGUGACUAUCUGUCAGAGUUCCUGCAGCCAAUAUCUCCUGGCGUCCCCAAUCCUGAAGUAGACUACAGCCUCAUUAUCAGUAUGAUGCGUCAGCUGUUGUUCCAAGCCAAGCUGAAAUUCCUGCACUGUGGGGAGAACCAGGGUGUGGGCUUGUGUGACAUGUACCAGACUCGGGUGGACCUGCUCAAGAUACUAGUAGGGGACAACUACAAAGACCUACCAUCUAUCAAGGAACUCACCAAGGUCGACACUGUCAGACGUCUACGCGACAAACUGAUAGAAGAUGAGCGUCUGCGCCUGGCAAUGGAGGUGUCCACCAAGUGCGGCCUGGACACAGGUGGGGUGUGGGCAGCGUGGGGCAUGGCCUGUCUACAUACAGGGGACUACACUGGGGCCAAGGAGAAGUUCUCCCACACACUCAAGAGUCCAAAUGACAAGAAUCAGCUGACCCCUUCAUCGCGUCUAUUGAUGGAGAUAGUGGACUACCUGGAGUCAAUGCCCAUCACUGGUACCACUGAGAUCCAGAUGCUAUUGUCCAGCCCAGCUUCCAUGAAGAGUCUCAUCAACCUGCCAUCAGCUAGUCACAGCGAGGAAGGAAGCAUUGAGACAACCCAGUUCCAGGAGUGUCUCUUCUACCUUCGCACUUACGGCACAUUCCUGGAACAUCUGACCUUCCUCCGUCGCAAUGGCUACUGGAUGAAAGCAGCUCAGUUUGUUCUAAAAAAUAGAUGCUCCAGUGAGGUGUUUGUUGAGGUGUUGCUGACGUCGGCGCUGAUGUCCGGGGAGCUGGGGAAGUUGCUGGACCAGAUGUUGAUGCUGGAUGCCAGCCUGGAGAAGUGGAACCCUUACCUGACUGCCACCUGCAAAUAUCUCCUGAAACACAAGCUCCUCAAUGCCCUCCAUCAGGUCCAGCUCUUUAUGAAGGACUACAUACGAGCAGCCAUGACCUGCAUCACCCACUUCUACCAACGUGGGGCCCAGAGUUACCUUGACCUUGCUGGCCAUCUACAGUUCCUGUUCAUGGCCCAGCAGCACAUGCAGGCGUUCCUCGACCCUUCCAAGUGGGACAGUGUCCGCCACCCAAACAGCAGCCCCUCCAUCAGGAAGGGACCAGAUUGGAGCGGACACACUGAAUCGGCUGUCAGACUUGUCCUCACCCCAGAUGAAGUCACCAAACACAUCCGGACAAUCGCACUUCAAAUUGAGGUCACAAAGUUCCUGGAACAGUGCCUGACCAAUCAGGAAGCAGAAUCCACUGCUCUUGCUGCCAGCUAUGUGGUGGAAUCCCAGGCUUGCAACCUACCUACCAUGUUUGGUAACAGUAAGGCCAGGGCUGACCUAGUCAGUAUGAUUCUGUUGAGUGGAAAUGACAUCUCAAUCAGCUUCGAUCUGGCAAUCAGAAUAAUUCAGGCACAAGAUAUCGACGAUAACUUCAAAGUAAUCAACGAUGCAAAGAAUAAGACCUACAAGAUUGACGACCUAUAUUCACACACACUGCACGAGAUGGCCAAACACAAGCACUAUGCUCUUAUCAGGACGAUGCUGGACUGUGUGGAGCAGUCACGGAUCGGCAAUGAUGACACGCUUGAUGAGAUCAUCAGAGCUUCCUUGCUUGUCCUGGCUGACAAGGAGAGUGAGGUGAAAGAAGUUGACAAUCUGAUCAAACUCCUCCGCAAAGAUUCUAACAAGAUUAAUGCAUUUAUCCUGUGUGGGAAGUUGAGUUCGGCGUACCUGCUGGCAGUGAAGGGGGAGCGAGUGGAGGAUGUGCAGCGGAUUGCAGGGGCAGCACAGCGCUUGAACCAGGGUGCAGUCAGGAACAUCUGCAACAAAUGGCUGCAGCAGAGGAAGUAGCUACCAGGCAUCUCUUGUUGAUAUUGUAUGAUGAUUUAUACAGUGUACAGAAAAGCAAUUGCUCUGGAGGUCAGGGUUUGGGGCACAAGUUAAACAAUAGGUUGCUUUAUUUCUAAUAUUUCUAAUUUGUUUUUACAGACAAACUUGAGACAUGAAGAUGUAUGUAAAUAUCUAAUUUUAUUGUAUAGGAAAUUACCUAUUUUUUGAAAAUUAUGAAAGGAAACUAAUGUUUCCUCAUGUUUAAACUGUAAAAAAAUCCAAACAAUUUUGCCUUUUAUUGAACAGAAAAUCUAUGUAAAAAUAUACAGUUGUUUGAGAAAUAAUAUUUUCUUAAUAUCCUUAUUGUUCCUGUGCUUAGAAAAGUUUGUUUGUAUUGUGAAUAGAUUUAGUUUAAAUCUGCAAAUUUCUAUUAUUUAUUACUUUCAGUAUAUUAUAGAUACAUGACUUGUAAAUAAUAAUGAUUGACUGUACAAAGAAAAAAAUGUAAUAUGUGAUAUGAAUCAAGAAUAUGAUGUAGUGGAACUGUUUUGAUUUUUCAGAUUGAAGUGUUAUGACUCCAUGUUCUUUCAAUUUGAUGAUACAGUGGCAAUCAUUAUAAAGGGUCUUUAGUUCGUGUGUGCUGAUAUUUUUUGAAGGUAUAAUACAUUUUUGCUGUUUCAGUGUCCUGCUUUCAGUUUACUGAAUAUAUGUUUUAUUUAGGUUCGAGACUAGAUCCUGAAUAUAGUUUCCUUUCUGUGUAGUUUAGUUUUAGUAUCUUUUAUGUUCAUAUGUUUUAACUAUUUUAUGAAAGAAAAGGCAUGUAUACAUUGUAUUUUUCGUUUAGAAAAACUCGUUUCAAACUUGUGAAGUAUAUAUUUUAUGUUCUACAUGCCAACUGAAUGUGACACAUAUUGUCGACAUAAUUCAAGGGGUACUUUAAACAAAAGCUUAUUUAAACGUGCAGAGUAAAGUGCUGCUUGUUUAAAAAAUUAUUGUGAUACAAACAUAGUGGCAAUAUGUAUUUAUAUAUGUACACAAAUGUAACAAAUCAGUAACAUUUCAAAUGGCUAUACUUCCUUGAGGUUCUGUUUGUGCAGUGACAACACUAUUAAGUACGAAUGGCUUGUGUCAUUGACCGUGGCUGACAAACCUACCGAUAAGCCUCACAGACAAAAGCUACCGGUACCUAAUGUGGGCUUAUGUUAAAUGUAGAGGAAGGUGAAGGUAACUUUGAGUGUUUGAUAUAUGUUGAGAGUUGAAAGCAUAUUGAUUUCUCCAUUUUCAUGCAAACAGGUAUGAGAUGGAUUUCCAUCAUAUAGAGCUGCAUGUCUGUUUCAGCUUGUUUAAGAUACCAUAUGAUCAUUUCUUUAUCAUCCCCAAGGGAAAUUUGUUUUGCAUCAUGCAGUGUUUGAACUUAUACUAAGAAAAACCCUUGAAGGACCAGCCCAAUAUUCACUAUUUAAGUAUUUAUGGAUCAUAAUAAGAACUAUUAAAUACUUUAAUAUUGAAAAUUGGGGUGGUCCUUAACUUUUUAGUUGAGUAUAUGAUCAGACCCCAAAUCUUUUAUUGCCUGCUUCGUUUUGCAUUUGUCAGAGAGUCAUAGAUGGGGAGUGAGUGAGUUUAGUUUAAGUCUUUAAAUAGCAUUUAGAAGUGAUGCACAUAAAGAUGAAAUUUAUGAAUGUCAAUUUCUGUUAUAUGAUGAACUCAACGUUUUGGAGUGUAGUCUUACUGCUGCGUCAAGUGAUCAUUCACCUGAAGGCGUAACAAUAUACCGGUACACUAAAACGUCCCCAAUUUGUUGUAGGUUACUGAAAUACAUAAUUCUUAUUCAAAAGCUUUAAACAUAUUGCAUUUCACACAGAGGUGUAAAUGCCAAGCUUAUGUUUUCUGUAUCUAAUGGGUAAAAUUGACCAUUGACAUCAAAUGAUUUCCAUUUACAUUACAUGUACAGUAAUUUGUUUAUAACUAACGGGGUCAUGACGAACUGAUGGAUAUAGCAAUUUUUACAUGCUGUAUAUGUAAGUGGAAAUGUCUAUGAUGAGUUACUGUAGUAGUUCCUUAUAGCAGUAGUUUACAGUACUUCUGUUUCUGAAUUUUAUUUGACUUGGUAUGUCUUUUAUUGUUUCAACAUGUGUCAGUAUAACCAGUCAAAACAUUACAUUUAAUGAAGUUUCAAACGUUUGUAGAAACACAUCCAGAUAUUUAAUGAAUAUUUUUUGUUGAUGAAUCAUAGGAUAAUGAUAGUGCCAUUAUUGCUAAGUCUGUUCAUCACAAAACAGAAAGACUCUUUCCUGGAAGUACAUAGAAUUGUUGGAGAAUUACAGUGGAGCAGUUAAGCUGAACUCCUGGCCAGCCUGUACUUAGUUAAUAUCAUGUGAUAGCUUAGUGUUGUGUUGAAGCCCCAAGUCAUCUGGUGCUUGGAUUUCACCAUGAUGUCCAACCCACAAAGACAAUGCUGAGGUCACCAAACUUCACAGCUUGUGAUCCAUGAAUGAUGCUUAUACACAGAGCUUGAUUAAUGAUUGUGAUGAUGUGCAAGACACUGCAGGGAUUAUUUUUGUAUGAAUAUUGAUGUGAAUUAUUAGAACAACAUUACUGUACUUUUCACAUGUCAGUCAGACGUGUGAAGCACACAUUAUUUGUGUUAAUGUUGUAUUGACAUAACAAACUUUUGAUAGUGCUAUCUAGAAAGGAGAGUGUGGGUGAUGGGUGCUCUUUUAAAACCUAAAUGUUAUGUUCUGAGGGGAAUAACUGAAUAAGAUUUAUUUGGAGUUCAUGGAAAAAAGACGAUGAUUACCACUGAGUUAGAAAGACUAAGUUCUCCUUGUUGUGACACAGCUUAAGUUCAUUUUGGUUUGAGGAGUACAUAUAUUUUAGUAGCCAUAUUUCAUCCAAUCCUUAUGCAGUUAUCCCACAACUGAAUGCAACCAAAUGAAAUCAAGAGAGGCUUAUUUCAUAAACAUUUGUAUAUCUACCUUUCAGAGGUGUUUCGAUAAAUGAUUCAAAUGAUAUCAGGUUCUAAGGAAGUACAGAUAACCAUAUUUACUAGUGAGAUGAUUUAUGAUUCUGAUUGUCAAAGGUAAUUUUCUCUGAUAUCAGCUUUGUGACAUCACAAUGAUAAAGCAUCAGAAUCUAGGAAAUCAUUGUGAAGCGGCCAAUCUGAAUCAAGACCUUCUGAAGCCAAUCCAAUGAAAGGAAAAGCCAGUUCAUCCUGUAGAAUGUUUCCAGCUAGUCUUAACCAGUUGCAAGUUGUUUAAAAAACUGCAUCAUGUAGUAACAUUUGUGGAAUUUGACUUUUCAGUGCAGUGUUUAUUGAGGUGAUUUUUGUAAAUUCCAUUAUAUAAUGAAUAAUGGAAGGUGUGAGUGAUUGACUGAUAAAAUGUCAUAAUGCGAAAACGUGUUGUGAAUGUAUGGCUAGUAACUGCAUCUAUUGUGUGUCCUGUUCCAAUAUAACAUAUGUAUUUGACGUGUGUCUUGUUCCGAAUAUUAUUAAACUGUUUUAUCUGA